UUUUUAAUCUAUCGAAAUUUAACACGUUGCUUUCUUUUCGUUUCUUUUUUAUUGAAUCCAAAAUAUUGUGUACCCUCGUGUCACAUAAUACAUGAAUAUCGUAGUUAACCUCCAAAAGCAUGUUAACAACGUUUACAAUACAUGAUUUAUUUUAAUAGCUCCGACAAUAAAAAGUAUAACUCAAAUAUUCAGAGACAAUCAACAUGAAUAGAAAUUCUCCGAACAUUUUAAUAACAGGUACACCUGGUGUUGGAAAAAGUUUAAUGUCCCGUCUUUUAUCAGAAAUGACAGGGUUAGAAUGGAUUGAUGUUAGUAAAUUUGCUAUUGAGAACAAAUGUUUAGAAGAAUACGAUGAAAUAUAUCAAUGUCCUAUUUUAGAUGAAGAUAAGUUAUUAGACCACAUGGAAAGUCUUAUGUGCGAAGGUGGAAAAAUUGUUGAUUACCAUGGAGCCGAUUUUUUCCCAGAGAGAUGGUUUGACAUUGUGUUUGUCUUGAGAACUGAUAAUACAAUCUUAUAUGAUCGUUUAAUCGAACGAGGUUAUACAGGAAAAAAGUUAGAAGACAAUAUAGAUUGUGAAAUAUUUCAAACUAUCCUUGAGGAGGCAAGAUCAGCUUACAGAGAAGAAAUAGUUCAUGAAUUAGCAAGUAAUAAUUUAAAUCAAGUCAGAGAAAAUGUACAUAGAAUGUGCGAAUGGAUUGAGCAAUGGGAAAUAGAUAAUCAACAGGAAUAAGUUAAAUGUUAUGAGUCAUUAUUUUUAUCACAUAUUG